AUGCCCCUCCGACGCCCUCGCCGUGCCAACCUCGCUCACCGGUCUCGGUCAACAACAGCCCGCCACGCCACCAACAAAUCCACCCACGGCACCCAAGGCAAGGGUGCCGACUGCAAGAGGAAAGACGAUGGCUUGCACGUCGUCGAUACGCACUAUUCUCCCUCUGUGAAGACGCGUUCGUCUCCGUCGCCCCCGUCUUGCCGUGACGACAGCACAGACUGGGUCAUGGUCCAGACGGCCAGCGCUGCCCAAUACAACUGCAGCGAAGACGAGACGUGUAGCCACAAACCGGGCCAGCAACUGACAGCUACCAACGUCCAGCGCUUCGACAACCCGGGCAACAGCCCUGUCGGAAUGUACGCGUCCGGCGACAAUGAUGGUCGUCGCCGAUGCCGCCGCCGGUGCUCCGACUGCCAGGAAUGUAGUGCCGAGACGAAUGUCUCCAUCGCUACACAGGAGCAUCAUCAGGCUGAGAUUUCCCAACUCCUCGGCCCGUGGGCACCCGUGAGCGUCGACUCAUGCGAGUCUGAUGUCUUUGCGGUUGGUGCAUGGGCAAUGGAAGCGGAAAGUAGGAUAGAGUCGGCGUUCAACUAUCCCAGAACCUUCCAAGGUGGAUGA